CUUCUCGUAGUCGGACUCGUUCUUGGUUUGCAGCGGAUUUAGGAGACCCUGGUUGCACAUCAUGUUGUCGCCGCAGGUGGCGCUGCCCGUGCUGCCGUCGCCGUUCUGAUUCUGCAGCGUGACAGCGCCGCAGCUGCAGCGACGCAUCCGACUGCGCCGCAGCUUGAUGCAGAACAGCAAGCUGCCAUCCUUCUCAUUGGCAUCCAGCGGGGGCAAGGGCGCAUUCCCUCCAUUGCCGGCUCCUGGCCCCGCCGCCGACGACGAGUUGGGCAAUGUACUCGGCGAGCAGCCCAUGGCGCUGUCCUGUUUCCUGUGCUGCUGCUGCUCCUGCUACUCCUGCUGCUGCCCUUGUUGCUAUAGCUAUGCUAAUUUGCUGUCGGUUUCGGUUUGGUUUUGGUCGCUGUUUGGUUUGCUUCUUGAGUUUCAAUAUAGCUGCCGAGUGCUGUAUGCUGUUGCUGCUCCUCCUGCUGCUGCUUAAGCUGUGGCUUCUACUGCUGGAAUUUGUGCUUCUAUUUGGCUGCUGUUGUUGUUGUUGUUGUUGUUGUUGCUGUUGUGGUUGUCUGCUUGUUGUGGGUAACAUAAUUGAAACAUUUUUUUGGGUGUGCGCGUCAAGCGGCGAUCUAUUGAUUGGCUGAUUGGCCGUCUCUCCGCUUACAUCUCAAGCAGCUAGC